GUACGAGUUCGCCCCACACCCCGAGAUCCUAACGGCGUUCGAGUUUGUGCCCAAGCUCUACGGGCGCAAGGGUGUCAACAUGAAGACAAUCGCCGACAGCUGUGGCGGCAAGGUCCGUCUGCGGGGACGCGGCAGCCGCUUCCUUGAGAAGGAUGGCUUUGAGGCUGACAUGGACUUGAAGCUCUACCUGAGCUGUCAAACGCGGGAAAACUUGCUGGUCGGGCACAGGCUGGUUCUUGACCUUCUUGAACGCAUAGAAGCCGACUUCCAGCGCUUCUGUCGACAAGGCGAAGCCAUCGCGCUAAUGUCGAGCUACGGCCUUCCUCCGAAACUUGAGGGGAAGUCUGUGCUGUACCUGUUGUCAAAUUCCAAAGGUUUGUGA